AGGAGGCCCCGCCCCCGCCUCUCGGAGCCGGCUCUUCGCCGCCUCCGAACCCGCUCACUUUACCUCUUGCCUCUGGACGGUGGCGGGGCGCUAGCUGGAGCCGCGGCCGGAGGGAGCGCCAGGGACCCGGAGACAUCCAGCGCCAGCGCCUCCUCUCGGCACGCACGCCCCCCAGGGGGGAAAGCGCCGCCGCCUUGAAAGGGCACCCCGGCCUCGGAGGGGGUUUCCUCAGACGCGAGGGGCGGCGGCGCUGGCAGCUUCGUUCUCGGCCCGUGGGGCGCAGCGCUGGCGCCAGAGGGGACUUCCCGGCCACCUACAGGUACUGCCGUGCUGAGGGAGCGUCGCUAGCAGCCACGCCGGACUGCCGAAGAGGCUAGAGCCGAGGGGCUCCCGGGCCAGCGAAGGGCAGCAGCGGAGCGCGAAGGGCAGCAGCGGAGCACGGAGGGAGAGCCGGCGGGACAGCCUGCGGGGCCCGACGGCGCGCUCCCCGGUCGGCCAACGGCAGGCAGGCCCCGCGCGGCGGCCUGGGGGGCGGCGGCGGCGCCGUCGGGCUUCGGGGCCUCUGGGCUGCCAGCCAUGACCUACAGGCGCAGCGGGGCGGCCUCGGUGGUGCUGAACGUGGGCGGCGCCCGGUACUCGCUGUCCCGGGAGCUACUGAAGGACUUCCCGCUGCGCCGCGUGAGCCGGCUGCACGGCUGUCGCUCGGAGCGCGACGUGCUCGAGGUGUGCGACGACUACGACCGCGAGCGCAACGAGUACUUCUUUGACCGGCACUCGGAGGCCUUCGGCUUCAUCCUGCUAUACGUGCGCGGCCACGGCAAGCUGCGCUUCGCGCCGCGGAUGUGCGAGCUCUCCUUCUACAAUGAGAUGAUCUACUGGGGCCUGGAGGGCGCGCACCUCGAGUACUGCUGCCAGCGCCGCCUCGACGACCGCAUGUCCGACACCUACACCUUCUACACGGCCGAAGAGCCGGGCGCGCUGGGCCGCGACGAGGCGCGACCCGGCGGUGCCGAGGCGGCCCCCUCCCGGCGCUGGCUGGAGCGCAUGCGGCGGACCUUCGAGGAGCCCACGUCUUCCCUGGCCGCGCAGAUCCUGGCCAGCGUGUCGGUGGUGUUCGUGAUCGUGUCCAUGGUGGUGCUGUGCGCCAGCACACUGCCCGACUGGCGCGCCGCGGCGGCCGACAACCGCAGCCUGGAUGACCGGAGCAGGUACUCCGCCGGCCCUGGGAGGGAGCCCUCCGGGAUAAUUGAAGCUAUCUGCAUAGGUUGGUUCACUGCAGAAUGCAUUGUGAGGUUCAUCGUCUCCAAAAACAAGUGUGAGUUUGUCAAGAGACCCCUGAACAUCAUUGAUUUACUGGCAAUCACGCCGUAUUACAUCUCCGUGUUAAUGACAGUAUUUACGGGCGAGAACUCUCAACUCCAGAGGGCUGGAGUCACCUUAAGGGUGCUUAGAAUGAUGAGGAUUUUUUGGGUGAUUAAGCUUGCCCGUCACUUCAUUGGUCUUCAGACACUUGGUUUGACUCUCAAACGAUGUUACCGAGAGAUGGUUAUGUUGCUUGUCUUCAUCUGUGUUGCCAUGGCAAUCUUUAGUGCACUUUCUCAGCUUCUUGAACAUGGGUUGGACCUGGAAACAUCCAACAAGGACUUCGCCAGCAUCCCUGCUGCCUGCUGGUGGGUGAUUAUCUCUAUGACUACAGUUGGCUAUGGAGAUAUGUAUCCUAUCACAAUGCCUGGAAGAAUUCUUGGAGGAGUUUGUGUUGUCAGUGGAAUCGUCUUAUUGGCAUUACCUAUCACUUUUAUCUACCAUAGCUUCGUGCAGUGUUAUCAUGAGCUCAAGUUUAGAUCAGCUAGAUAUAGUAGGAGCCUCUCCGCUGAGUUCCUAAAUUAA